AUGGGAAUUGUGACUGGAGACUGGGUGAGAUAUCUUGAGGUAUUGAACCGAACCUCUAGAAAAUACGGGUACACGACGGAGAUUGCAGCGGAAAACUUGACAUUAUUAAAAUUGGAUGCAGAUAUGAGUCUACACCAACUCUGGGGCAGGAGAUGUACGCAAACCGUUUCUAAACUCAAUUAUGUGUCGACCUUUGUCACCCGUCGUGUUGCAAACUCAUCGGAAGAGGAGAAGGCGGUCUUUGGCGCAAUUGUGCAAGAUUAUAUAUCUCGAGAAGACGGUCUCGACAUACCACAAGCAGCUAGAAGCAAAGAUGCAAGUGGUUACUGCACUGAUACAGAUAGUGGAUGCCAGGCGUUCCCUCAAAGAGGCCGCAAACGUCACUCGACUAACGAAUCUGGCACUGCUAUUCAUUCCAAUGUCUUUUGUGACGAGUCUAUUUGGGAUGAAUGA